UCCGCAUUUUGCUGCGUCUGACGAGGAUCCUCUCUCUGCCUGACUUCAGUUUAAUUCAUGGCACAUCUUUUUAGUAAAUCAGUGAUGUCUCUACGCGACGGUGCUCGCGGUUGAUUUUUCAUCCCAUACGAGAGGAAAAGAUUUGCUGCUUUAAAAGUGAAGCUCCCAUCCACUCUCGAGUAUGGACUUAGCAAGUCAGGCUCAUCUGCUGGUGGUCUUGCUCACCUGUGGGGUCUUGCUAUGCUGGGCCCAGGAGAGGGACUAUACGGUGAAGGAGGAGCAGCCAGAGAACGUACGCAUCGGCAACCUGCGCAAGGACCUGGACCUCAACUUAGACCCCAACAUCAGGCUAUCCUCGCCGCUGCAGUUCAAGCCUGUUUAUAAGACAGGUGACGUGCCUUUGGUGAGGGUGGAGGCCAACACAGGGGAGAUCUUUACCACCAAUCACAGAAUAGACAGGGAGAAGCUUUGCUCAGGGGUCUUCGCAGAGAAACGCUGCUACUAUGAGAUUGAGGUGGCCGUGCUGCCUGACGAGAUCUUCCGAUUGGUCAAGAUCCGCUUCCUGAUCGAGGAUGUGAAUGACAACGCACCCCUCUUCCAGUCCACUGUGAUAAACAUCUCAAUUCCGGAGAACACAGCUAUCAACACCCGUUACCCAGUGCCCUCUGCAUUUGACCCUGAUGUAGGAAUCAAUGGGAUCCAACACUAUGAACUGGUCAAGAGUGUCAGCGAGUUUGGCUUAGACAUCAUUGAGACCCCUGAAGGUGACAAGUGGCCACAGCUCAUCGUUCAGCAGAACCUUGAUCGGGAGCAGAAGGACACCUUCGUCAUGAAAAUAAAGGUAGAAGAUGGUGGAAACCCUCCCAAGUCCAGCACUGCCAUUCUCCAAGUCACCAUCUCUGAUGUCAAUGACAAUCGCCCCAUCUUUAAGGACACCGAGCUGGAGGUCACAGUACCAGAGAAUGCCCCCAUGGGAACAUCAGUUGCUCAGCUCCAUGCCACGGAUGCCGAUCUGGGUUCUAAUGCACAGAUCCACUUUUCCUUCAGCAACCAGAUCUCUGCCUCCACCAAACGACAUUUUGCCAUUGACAGCUCUACAGGACUGAUUACUGUGAAACAGCCACUGGACAGGGAGGUAACUCCUGUUCAUAAACUCAUUGUCCUAGCCAGCGAUGGCAGCUCCACCCCCUCCAGAGCCACAGUGACUGUAAAUGUAACAGAUGUUAAUGACAAUGUUCCCUCCAUAGACACUCGCUACAUUAUCAACCUGGUUAAUGGGACUGUUCUGUUGUCUGAGAAUGCACCGCUCAACACCAAAAUAGCCCUAAUUACUGUUACUGACAAGGAUGCAGAUCUCUAUGGCAAGGUAGCUUGCUACACUGACCAUGAUGUUCCAUUCCGGUUGAAGCCUGUCUUUAAUGAUCAGUUCCUACUAGAGACAGCUGCCCCCCUAGAUUACGAGACGACACGAGAAUAUGCAAUUAAGAUAGUGGCCUCUGAUAGGGGGACGCCCCCUUUGAACACUUCAGCUAUGGUUUUAAUUAAAAUCAAGGAUGAGAACGACAAUGCACCCAUCUUCCCCCAGCCGGAAAUCCAACUUUCCAUACCGGAGAACAAUGACCCCUCUACACAGUUAAUAAAAAUAAGUGCCACUGAUGCAGACAGCGGACAUAAUGCUGAGAUUAUUUAUACUCUUGGCCCUGACGCACCUGAUGGGUUUAACAUAGACAGACGGUCAGGAAUCCUCUCUGUUGGCAAACGACUGGACAGAGAGAAGCAGGAGAGGUACUCAUUCACUGUCAUAGCGAGGGACAAUGGCUCCACAUUCCUACAGAGCAAUGUCACUGUCAGGCUAAUCGUCCAGGACCUUAAUGACAACAGUCCAGCUUUCACACACCCUGAGUACAACUUCUAUGUGCCUGAGAACCUGCCUCUCUUUGGAACUGUGGGCUUAAUCACAGUGACGGACGCAGAUGCAGGAGAUAAUGCUGUUAUAACUCUGUCCAUUUUGAACGGCAAAGAUAAUUUCAUCAUCGACCCUCAAACUGGUGUGAUCAAGCCCAAUAUCACCUUUGAUAGAGAGCAGCAAAGUUCCUACACAUUUAUGGUCAAGGCAGUUGAUGCAGGCCACCCUCCAAGCUCCUCCUAUGCCAAGGUCACUAUCAAUGUAGUCGACGUAAAUGACAAUCGCCCUGUGUUCGUCAUCCCAUCCUCCAAUUUCUCGUAUGACCUAGUGCGAACCACCACCACCCCUGGCGCUGUGGUCACCAGGGUGUUUGCCAUUGACAAUGACACAGGUAUGAAUGCUGAGCUGCAGUACAGUAUUAUCAGCAGCAUCAUCAUCACAUCUAGGGUCUCUCCUCGAGGUCUCUUUGCCAUCGACAAAACAACCGGUAACAUAACACUACAGGAGAAAAUACUGACAGCCGAUCAGGGGCUGCAUAGGCUAGUUGUCAAGGUUAAAGAUCUAGGCCAGCCUGAGUCAUUACAUGCUAUAGCACUUAUUCACUUAUUUGUGAAUGACACCGUGUCAAAUGCUACCUUCAUUCAAGAGCAGCUGCGAAAAAGUAUGGAGACACCCUUGGACCGUAACAUUGGGGACAGUGAGGUAACACCUCAAGCCAAUGGAUAUGUGAUUGUUGUCAUAGCUAUCAUAGCAGGGACCAUGACUGUUAUCUUGGUGAUAUUUGUGACUGCCUUGGUGCGCUGCCGGCAGACACCCAGACACAAAGUGGUGCAAAAGGGCAAGCAGAGUGGUGAGUGGGUGUCACCCAACCAAGAGAACCGUCAGAUCAAGAAGAAAAAGAAGAGAAAGAAGCGAUCCCCCAAGAGCCUCCUCCUGAACUUUGUGACCAUAGAUGAAUCCAAGCCCGAUGACCCUACCCAUGAGCAUGUUAAUGGUACACUGGAUCUCCCUGUGGAGCUAGAGGAGCAAACCAUGGGGAAGUACAACUGGGCCACCACGCCCACCACCUUCAAACCCGACAGCCCAGAUUUAGCCAAGCAUUACAAGUCAGCGUCCCCUCAACCUACAUUUCAAAUCAAACCGGAGACUCCAGUGGCCCCAAAGAAACACCAUGUGAUCCAGGAGCUCCCCUUGGACAACACGUUCGUUGUGGGCUGUGACUCACUCUCCAAGUGCUCAUCGACUAGCUCCGACCCAUACAGUGUCUCAGAGUGCAGCUGUCAGGGGGGAUUCAAGACUGCGGGGCAAAUCACCACCCGACAGGAGACGGCACUGAAACCACCACACUAUGGCACACUCUGUGGCACAGGUACAGCUCGCUCCCACAGGAUUAAAAUCAAUCUCUAGCUCCUACUACCUAAAGAGAGAAAAGGGGAGAAAAGAGAGAGUGUGAGCGUGUCUCUGUGUCUGUGUGUGUGUGUGUGUGUGUGUG